ACAAGAAGGGGGAAAGAAAGAGAGCAGCGGGUGCGAUAGGGUCGCACUAGAGCUCCAUAGAUGCAACUAUGCCUCUGGAGCUCCGACGAAAUUCUACCGUGCUGCGGCGGGGCAGCAGGUGGAGACGGUGAUGGGGUGGCACGCCUACUCUUUGUGUGACCCAUGGCGCCUUGUGUGCCCCCAUAGAGAAGCUAGAGGACGAGGGAGAGCACUGGGGAGGAAAGGAACAGGAAUUCCUUUGAGGAAAUCACACGCGGCUAGCCGGUCCGAAAUAGCUGAAUCCCUGUGUUGAUCAGGGGUAGAGAAGGAAAGAAGAAAAACAAGCGCCGGAGUCUGCACACAACCAGACAUCCUCUCCUCACUCCGGCCAGGAAGAGCAGGAAACCUCGCAGAUCCGCGCCCCGUCCGCUCACAGGUUCACCGCAUCCCCGCCACUACCGUUUCCACUGCCGGCUCCAUUCGCUCCACCAAUCCCUGCUCAAGCCGCUCCAGCUGAGAGACGGAGAGCCCUGCGGGAAGGCGAGACGAGGGGGAGGUCCAAACCCUAGCCGUAGAUUGCGGGCUCCUCCUCCUCCUCGCCGCCGCCGGCGGGGAUGGAGAUGGUGGUGGCGGCGCCGGAGCUCCCCGCCGAGGUGGAGAGGGCUCUCAUCCGGGACAUAACCGUCGCGGCUGAUGCCCACGCUAAGGAGGGCGACACCUUCUUCCUCAUCACCACCAGGUGGUGGCAAAGUUGGAUUGAUUACCUCAUUCAAGAUUUGACUGGUGCAACAAGUAAUGGUUAUCAUCAUCAUGACUUUGGUUCAAAGACUCCUAGAAGGCCAGGAGCUAUUGACAAUACCGAUUUAAUUGAUGAUGCGUCAUUUGAAGUCUCCAAUACGGAGAUUGAGAUACAUGAUAACUUGGUUGAGGGUCGGGAUUACAUACUGGUUCCUCAGCAAGUUUGGGAAAAGUUGCAUGGUUGGUAUGGUGGAGGACCAACAUUACCAAGAAAGGCAAUCAAUACUGGCUUUUCUCAAACUGAUUUGGCCAUAGAAGUUUAUCCUCUACGACUGCAGUUAAUUCUAAUGUCAAGAGAAGAGCGAACCUUUAUAAGGAUAAGCAAGAAGGAUACAGUUGGCCAACUCCAUAAAAGGGCUUGUAAGGUUUUUGACUUGGUACCAGCUGAGGUAUGCAUUUGGGACUAUUAUGGUCGAACAAAGCAUUCAUUGAUGGAUAGCCUGGACAAAACCCUUGAUGAUUCCAACAUUCAGAUGGAUCAAGACAUUCUAGUUGAGGUUACCACUGAUGCCAAUGGUAGUCUGGAUGGUUUGGUUAAAAGAAACAAUUUUUUUGAGAGAGAGUCGACUUCUCUGAUUACUGAUGCUCUGAAAUCAGGAUUGCCAAAUGAGAAUUUUGCAGCCAACAGCUAUGCUUCUAGAAGCUAUAACUCUAGUCUGACACCAAGCCUCUACCUGCGAUCAACCAAUGGUGAUCUGGAUAAUGUGCAUGGUUCUAGUGGCAUGAGCACGAGGGGAUCACCCUUAGGUCUUACAGGGCUACUUAAUCUUGGAAAUACAUGCUAUAUGAACAGUGCCAUACAGUGUCUUGUGCACACGCCACAGUUUACUAGAUAUUUUUGUGAAGAUUAUCAUCGUGAAAUAAAUCGGCAAAAUCCGCUGGGUAAUGUGGGUGAACUUGCACUAGCUUUUGGUGAGCUACUGAGAAAACUCUGGGCUCCUGGAGGACGUGCCCCAGUUUCGCCUAGACCAUUCAAAACGAAGCUUUCUCGGUUUGCAUCUCAGUUCAGUGGAUACAACCAGCAUGAUUCACAGGAGCUGUUGGCAUUCCUCUUGGAUGGACUCCAUGAGGAUUUGAAUCGCGUGAAGCAUAGACCUUACAUAAACUCGGGAGAUGCUGAUGGAAGAUCAGAUGAAGAAGUUGCAGAUGAAUAUUGGGCAAAUCAUAUUGCUAGAAACAAUUCAAUCAUUGUUGAUGUAUGCCAGGGGCAGUACAAGUCCACUUUGGUUUGCCCAGUCUGUGGGAAGGUUUCAGUGACUUUCGACCCGUUCAUGUAUCUUUCCUUACCCUUACAAUUUGCCUCAACCCGGAGCGUGACCGCCGUGGUAUUUUCUUGUGAUGGUAGUGUUCCACCAACACCAUUCACUGUAAAUGUACCGAAGCAAGGUAGGUGCAGAGAUCUAUUACAAGCCCUUGGCACUGCAUGCUCACUUAAAAAUGGGGAGAAACUUCUAAUUGCUGAGAUACGGAAUCAUAAGAUCUACCGAUUUAUUGAUGAUCCAGUGCUUCAGCUGUCUACAAUAAGUGAUGAUGAUCAUCUGGCAGUUUAUAAGCUCCCAAAGUUGGAAAAGAGGGUGAAUUACAUUCAGUUUGUGCAUCGUCAUGAAGACUUGGACCAUGGAAACACUAACACCUUGACAUCUUGGAAACCCUAUGGUGUUCCUCUUCUUGCACAAAUAUCUCGCAAUGAAAUUGUCACGGGUUUGGAUAUCCAUGAGUUGGUCCAUAAAAUGCUUGUGCCCAUGCUAAGGAAUCAGGACUUUAUGCGUUUGGUUGUUCAAAGUUCUGUUUCCACGAGAACUCACAGUUAUCAUACUGACAGCAGCAAAUUUCAGCUUCAGUUGAUUGAUGAUAGCAACACAGUCAUUGAAAAAUCAAAUGAUGCUAUCAGGGUCCCACAAUCUUCACUCGCAACUGUAUUUUUUAUCAAUUGGCUCAAGGAAGAUCUGAAAAAGAUUGACACUCAUCAUUUAGAGUACCUCCCAGAGGUGUUUAUGUAUGGUCCUCCUGCUAAGAGAACCCGUGGUGAAGCUCUCUCACUCUAUGCAUGCUUGGAUGCUUUUUUGAGAGAAGAACCUCUUGUACCUGAAGACAUGUGGUACUGUCCAAGGUGCAAAGAGCAAAGACAAGCUAGCAAAAAGUUGGAUUUGUGGAGACUUCCAGAAGUGCUAGUCAUACAUCUAAAGAGAUUUUCAUUUAGUAGGUCAACAAAACAAAAACUAGAAACUUUUGUUAAUUUUCCAAUACAUGACUUGGAUUUGACAAAUUACAUUGCCAACAAGAAGAGUUCAGAGCGCCAGAUCUAUGAGUUGUAUGCUGUGAGCAAUCAUUAUGGCAACAUGGCAAGUGGACAUUAUACUGCACACAUUAAGCUUGUCGAUGAAAAUCGGUGGUACAAUUUCGAUGAUAGCCAUGUUGCUUCCAUUGAUGAAGACGAGGUGAAGACUGCUGCAGCUUAUGUACUAUUCUAUAGAAGAGUCAGAGAACAAGAUAGAGCAAGGGGAACUAGUAAUGGAUCUCACUUAUAUGCAAAGAGAAGCCAUGGAUAUAGCCAUAGGUAGACUAAUUCAUUGCUGUGGUUUGGUGCAAGGGGAUUCCAGAAAUGACACCUGCAGGCCUUUAGUUACUGCCAGGAGUAUAUGGCUCGACUCUACUGCAGCUGGGAAAAUGCACCAUUCUCCAGUUGAGACAGAAGAUUAUUGCAUAGUUCAUCUGCAGUGCUGGUGCAAGAUGGGAAUUUUGUAUAAGGUGGAUUGAAGGAGUAAUUGACUCUUUUCUUAUGAUAAUUGGGUAGCUUCAACAGGAACACCAGGGAUUGGUGGCAUUUUGGUGAUCUGUUUUCUUCUAGAAGAGAGACAAGGGGAAGCAAGCAAACAUUUAGGAACACCUUUUCUUUAAUUUAAUUAUUUCCAUUUCAGGUUUUUAAAAAAAUCCAUUAACGUUUUUAGAUUAGCUAGCCUGUACACAACUGUUGUUGGAAAUGGGUCAGCUGGUGUUGGUCGAUGCUUGUGGUGGCCAACAAUACCAUACCCAACUAUACCAGAGACUGCAGUGGCGAAUGCACCUUUGACAAUGUCGGUGCACAUUAUAAUGCUGUGUUGUUGCGGGAAGAAUUGUAGCUCAUGUUGUACUUAUAUUAGUGGCAAAAGGCCUCACAAAUGUAAAAAUGUAUCGUUGUGCUGACAUGUUAAACCUUAUUUUGGAUUCUUGCUUUUUUCCUAUUGACGAAGGCGUGCGCCAUUUAAUAGUCAACCGCAACCCACUUGAGAGUGGGGGUAGAAUUGUUUCUGUUUGUAUAAA